CAGGCAGAGUGAUCACCCAUCGCCGUAGCAACUAGUGUAGGCAAAAUGUGUGGGGAUAUGGGAAAGGCAGUACUACGGGCUCUGACCGGCGCUCUACUCUGUGGACUGGCGUCGGAUGCGUAUUUACAGCAAUAUCAGCUGUAUCCAUACGAACAACAAGAGUAUCGUAAACCUCUAAGAGAGCACGAGAAGCCUCAAGAUCUCCGCAACGUUCCCGGAGUACCAGGAGUGGAUUUCCCGAUCUAUCACGAGGUACCCGAGACCAGCUUCUCCUGUGACCACGUGCCAGUUAGGCCGGGGAUGUACGCGAAUGUCGAGACUGGAUGCCAGGCUUACCAUAUUUGCCAUGACGGUCGCGAGGGCCACCAGGGAGCGGCUUUGCUCUGCACUAACGGAACUUUGUUCAACCAGGAGAAGUUUACUUGCGAUUGGUGGUACAAUGUUGAUUGUUCGCAAGCAGUCAAUCAUUAUAGGUUAAACGCUGAUCCUUUGAAGAAUCCGUACGUCCCAAAACCAAAACAAGAAGAGUACGAGCCUCAUUCUCCGAAACAGGACUUGUAUUAUAGAUACAAUUAA